GCAUAUGUUAAAGGCCAAAAUAAGCAUAACCGCGACUUAACAUAACAUAAUACGCUCCUCUAAAUGCAAAACAAUGAAGAUAAAUAAGACCCAAAACGACAGCAAAACACACGCAAAAUAAAUAAUUUCUGCAUUUUGGCCUGUCGGUUAGCCGUGGUGGGGGCAGCCAGUGCCAGUGGCAUAAAAUGGAAGACAACGCCAACAUGUGUAAGAAUGUCAAGCUUGCGGCCGAGCCUGUUGUUGUCGUCACCGAAGCAACCGCAGUCGCAGUGGCAUCCGCAACGAAUGCAUCCACAAACAGUGGCAAGGGUGUGCAAUGCAAGCUGGCGCCAGUUGCCAGCGCCGCUGAGCCCGAGGAGCUGCUCGGUUCGGUUACCACACAGAAUUGCCCGGGCACCCGGGCGAGCGCGCGUGUCAUACAAAAGAUGAAACUAGAUCUGACGCGUCCGAUGACGCCGCCACCGGCGGAGCGUGAGCACGCCAAGAAGGAGGAAAAGAUCACCCAGAAGACGCCGUCUCAGAUGCGCGCCGCCAACAAAACGACUUGGACAAAUCUGGAACGCAAUUGUUUCUUUGAUGCGCUCAACGAAUUUGGCAAGGAUUUCGAGGCAGUGGCCAACUGCAUCAAUGCCAAGCUGAAGCGACGCAACACAAGCACCGAUUACAGCUUCAAGACAAAGGACCAAGUGCGCCAGCAUUACUAUCAAACAUAUCACAAGAUUGGCAAAUAUGUUCGCUUCACGGAUGAGCUUAAGAAGCUUGCCCAGGAGCUGUACACGCUAAUUAACUAUGGUGAAAUGAGGCGCAAGCUGCAGUUUCUCUCUGAGAAGCAUUUCAUGAAACUGAAGCAGCUCAUUUAUCAGGGUCACAUCACCGUGCGCUGCAAGGGCAAGAAUAUACGCAUCAAGACGCCCUCCUGCAAGGCGCUGCGUCGUCUCAAUCAGCUGGAUGAUACGUUGGAGGACAUACGCUUGCCCAGUAAAAUUGAGGUGCUCGUGAAUCCGGCGAACAUCGAGGCGUUCGGUCGCGUUCAGGCGCUGGCACAGAACCCACGCAGUCGCGUCAUUGUACCGCUGCACAAGAAGCUCAUCAGCUUUAUUAAAACGUUUCAGUACAAAUGGCGCAGCGCUGACGCUAGGCUUGCGGAGGAGCAGCUGCUGCCGCCCAGUGGCACUGCCGCCGGCAGCACAGACCCGCCCGAGCCCUUAACGGAGCCGUUGGUUUGCUUUUUACCCAAGCCCGGCGUGCCCAUACAUCGUCCGCUGCUCAGCAUUACGGCGUAUUUGAGCAGCGUUAACAUAUGCCUGACCGCCUACGAGGAGCGUCUGGGCGUCAAGGUGCACAGCGAGACGCUGAACAGCGCAGCAGCCGCGGCCGCUGCCAGCGCCAAGCGUGCGCGAACGGAGAGCGGCUCAGAGAAGCGUUCGCCCGAAGCCAAAAAACUCAAGCCUCUAACCAGUUCGGCUCAGGAGAAGCCUUUGGAUGAACUGACAGAGGCCAGCAAUAAUGUAAAGGUGGAGAGCAACAGCGGCGACGAGAUUAGCGAGGAGAUCAAUGAGCUGCUCAGUCUGAAAACCGAGGGCGAGACACUCGAGCAAACUGCCAGCACAAGCAGCGCCAGCAGCAAUCCCACAACAAGCGCUGCUCCACCGCCGCCCGCACCGGCCCCAGCAUCCGCACCAGCUCCAGCUCCAGCCCCAACACGUGCCAAACGAAGCGACGGCUUCGGUGCGGGGGGUGGAAAAGGCGCCAAGGCUGCUGCAGCUCGCAACUUUAAGCCGCUGCUCAGCGAUGAUGUGAUCAAGCGCAUACGCAAGGGCUGGACGAUAUCGAAUUCAGCGGAUAUAACCAUUGGCGAUUUGUAUGUGGUGCUGGGUCAGGACUCCAAGCUGGAGCUAGAGUAUUAUUGGUGUGAACUGGAGCAGAUUGCGCCGAGCGGCGCCACAGCCGCCAAUACAACGAGCACAGCGUCGUCGUCGUCGUCCUCCUCCUCCUCCUCAUCAUCAACAUCGCUGCCCUACAAUACCAAUGACUGUGAUAGCGUGGAACGCGUUAAGGCGAUCACAACGGCCACGGUUAGCAAUAAGCUGAAGCACCUGCUCCUGGUUGCCAAUCUCAGCGAGCGUGUGCGCAAACGUCAAUGCAAUUGUGGCCACAGUUGCGAUCGCAAACGCGAUUUAAUCACCAAGGCGCAAUGGCUUAGCAAUCUGGCGAGCGCCGGUACGGCAACUGGCGCUGGACCCUCAUCAGCGACUGCAACAUCAACGGAUGGCAAUGAGGUCAUCUUUCGCACGCCCAUGCUGCCAAUACGCAGGCCCAUGGUCAAUGUUAUUGAUCCAGUGCGCCAAUUGACCAAGCUCACUCGCCAGAAGAUGUCACGUCAGGUUCUGGUGCAGCGUUGCCUCUUGCCGCCAUCUUCAGUAGCCCAACCAUACGAUCUGCUCAGCCUGCGCAAUCUGCAAAACGGUCUCUUUGAGCCCAUCGAACGCGUCAGCAGCAGCAGUGGAAUAAGUACUCUAUUGUCCAAACUUGGGUCCAAUAGCGGCGUCAGUCAGCGUCAGCAGCAGCCCGGAGUCGAAGAUCACAGCAGCAGUAACAAUAACAACUGCAAUACCAGCGACAGCAGCGGCGCUCCCCUCACAGGCCCGGAUAUGCCCGAUUUGGAAUUUUCUGUGGAUGCGACAACGCUGCCAGCCACAAGCACCACGCUGCCAGAGGACGCCCAAGAUGAGAGCACCACGCAAAACUUUUUCAAUGGCAGCGUCAGUCCGAUGCAUUUGUUGCGCGACUCCACAUCGAAUUCACGCUGGCUGGAGGAGAACAUCAAUGACUUCUCGCUGACCAGCCUGCUGGGACAUCUGGAUGACUUUGAUGCCACACGCGAUAUACUGGAUCCUUCAUCGAGCAUGUCGGUGAUCAGCGAGAGCAGCGUCGAUUAUCGUCACAAGUUUCAGGAAAUUUCGGCCCUGCUGCAGCAGCAGGAGAAGGAUUAACAUAUGUGUUUUGCUGUCAACCCGAGAACCCUGUGCGAGCCUCCUUGCGGACCACUAAAUCCACACAAUGUUGUCGCUCUUAAAUUCGAUUUGCAGAGUAUUCUUAUUAUUAUUUAUCAUUUUAUAUUUAAACGUGGUGCAACACACAAUAUUCAAUUCCAAAACAAAAAAUGAGAAAGAAACGAAAAUAUUACUCACCCAUUUUAAUACGGAUAUUAUUAAUGUUAAAUUAAACAUUUAAAGUUUUAUAUGUUUAACCAACCUUAACCUUCUUACCGCUGCACUAGGCCUUGUGAUGUUGAAUUUGUUCUUUUACUAUUUACAUUUUACUUUUAAGCAUACACAUGCUCGAUAUUUAUUUAAUAUAUAUAUAUAUGUACGCUAAGUAUUACAGAAUCUA